CCUGUUGUGAUCACAUGAUGAGGUGGAAAGUGUGAUGAGUCCCCUUCUGCUUUUUCCUCUGCAUUUGACCUAAAAUGGCAUGCAUUGCAAACUCAAAAUCUAUAGCUUUCUACAAAAGCAGGAGUAGCGGGGACAUGGCUGCUGAUGACAAGUCCUCGUCAUCAUCCUCAACGGACUGGAGCUUUGAGCCUCCGGUCAUCUCGCCCACCAGUCCCUCCCACCUGACCCACUUCAAGCCACUGACUCCGGAGCAGGAUGAGCCUCCACUCCGCUCUGCAUACAGCUCGUUUGUCAACCUAUUUCGUUUCAGCAGCAAAGAGGAGGGGCGACCUCCCUCAACAGUUUCAGAGAAACCCGAUAUGCCAUCCCCUUCUCAGUCAGAGAGGAGCAGCUGGUCGUCCAGUCCUACCCGCUCACCCUAUCCCACGAGGACACACAGGAAACAACAUCCUGAACACCUCCGACGCACCUCCUCUGCCUCCGAUGGCCGCAGGAAAUCGGACACCCCUUUAAGCAACCACGACCCUCGCACAGCUGUGCAGCUUCGCACUGCACUGAAGAGGCUGAAGGAAAUCAUGGAGGGAAGGAGCCAGGACAGUGAUCUGAAGCAGUACUGGAUGCCUGACAGCCAGUGUAAAGAGUGUUAUGACUGCAAUGAGAAGUUCACCACCUUCCGCCGUCGCCACCACUGCAGACUGUGUGGCCAGAUCUUCUGCAGCCGCUGCUGCAACCAGGAAAUCCCUGGGAAGUUCAUGGGCUACACAGGAGACCUGCGGGCCUGUACAUACUGCCGUAAAAUAGCACUAAGCUACGCCCACUCAGCCGACUCGGGCUCCAUUGGAGAGGACCUGAGUGCCUUGUCUGACUCUCCCUCUUCAGUGUGUGUGCUGGAGCCCAGUGAGCCUCGGACCCCUGUGGGUGGGCGCAAGUCCAGCAGGAACAUCUUCCUAGAAGAAGACCUGAACUGGCAGAGAAAAACUCCUAUUGGGAUGAGAAAGAAUAUGAUUCACCAGGAGCCUCAGAACAGUGGCCUCGCUACCAGACUGACGACGCUACAAGAAGACAAAUCACCCGCCAGGAAGAGAUCUGCCAGUGUGACUAACCUGUCGCUGGACCGCUCUGGAUCCUCCAUGGUGCCUUCCUACGACAGCUCCAUCAGCCCAACAACCAGCAGAGCCAUGUUGGGCACCAAGAGUGGCACUAAGCUCGACCAUAGCGAGGAGGAGAGGAAGAUCCUGCUGGACUCCUCCCAGCUGAAGGACUUGUGGAAGAAAAUCUGCCACAACAACACAGGGAUGGAAUUCCAGGACCAUAGGUACUGGCUGAGGACCUACCCGAACUGCAUUGUGGGAAAGGAGCUUGUCAACUGGCUGCUGAGGAAUGGCACCAUCUCCACCAGGGCCCAGGCUAUCGCCAUCGGCCAGGCAUUGGUGGACGGACGGUGGCUGGACUGCGUCACUCACCAUGACCAGCUGUUCAGGGAUGAGUAUGCUCUCUACCGCCCCCUCCAGAGUACAGAGUUCUCAGAAACUCCAUCUCCAGACAGCGACAGUGUCAACUCUGUGGAGGGGCAUUCAGAACCAUCCUGGUUCAAGGACAUAAAGUUUGAUGACAGCGACACAGAGCAGCCUGCAGAUGAGACAGGUUACACCACGCCCAACUCUGCCACACCCAGCAAGAGGACAUCCGUCAGCAGUUUCCACUCAGUGGUGGACAGCGACUCAGCUGCCUCCAUCAACCUCAACAUGGAGCAGAACCAUGUCAACUUCCACAUCAAGAAACAGUCCAAGUAUCCACAUGUGCCUCCUGCCACUGAGCAGAAAGCUGAGUUUCUGGUGUCUGAGGAUGGAGGACAGAACAUUGUCAUAAGUGAUGCCUUCAUCAAGGAAUCUCUGUUCAACCGUCGUGUGGAGGAAAAGGCCAAAGAGAUGCUGUUUACUCCGCUGGGUUGGCACCACAGCUCCCUGGAUCAGCUCCGAGAGGAGAACGGAGAGAAGGUGGCCAUGGAGAGGCUGCUCUCGGCCAACCACAGCCACAUGAUGGCGCUGCUGCAGCAGCUGCUCUACAGUGAAUCUCUGUCUCUGUCAUGGCGGGAUAUCAUCGUUCCUGUAGUUCAACAGGUGGUCCAGACAGUACGGCCCGACGUUCGCAACUGCGAUGACGACAUGGACAUCCGUCAACUGGUCCACAUCAAGAAGAUUCCUGGAGGUAGGAAGUUUGACUCGAUGGUGGUAAACGGCUUUGUAUGCACCAAGAACAUUGCCCAUAAAAAGAUGAACCCCUACAUCAAGAACCCCAAGAUUCUUCUGCUGAAGUGCUCCAUAGAGUAUCUGUACAGGGAGGAGACCAAGUUUACUUGCAUCGACCCCAUUGUGCUUCAGGAACGAGAGUUUUUGAAGAACUACGUGCAACGCAUAGUGGAUGUCCGUCCAAACCUGGUGUUAGUGGAGAAGACGGUGUCACGUAUUGCUCAGGACAUGCUGUUGGAGCACGGCAUCACCCUGGUCAUCAACGUCAAACCGCAAGUCUUGGAGAGGGUGAGUCGUAUGACUCAGGGAGACCUUGUAAUGUCCAUGGAUCAGCUCCUCACCAAACCUCGUCUGGGGACCUGCCACAAGUUCUACAUGCAGCCCUUCACCCUGGCCAAUGAUGAGGUGAAAACUCUGAUGUUCUUUGAAGGCUGUCCUCCUCAUCUCGGGUGCUCCAUCAAGCUGCGGGGUGCCUCAGAGUACGAGCUGGCCCGGGUGAAGGAGAUCCUCAUGCUAAUGAUGUGUGUGGCCUACCACUCCCAGCUGGAGAUCUCUUUCCUCAUGGACGAGUUUGCCAUGCCUCCCAGUUUGGCCCAAAGCACCUCCUUCCCCUAUCUGCUGGAGGGUGACUUUGCAGUGGAAAAGGCAGAUGGAGAGGGGAGAGGGAAGGAGAUGGAUGGAGAGAGCCAGGAAACAAUUAUAGGUACUGAAGACUCUGCACUGAGAGGACAGGCUUUGGAGGAAGGGCUUCCCUUAGAGCCAGACAGCCUCGAAGACAAAAUGGACCUGAAGUCACCCUCCUCUGCCCAAGAGGAGCCCGAUAACACAGAGGCAGGGACAUCCACACCAUUUUCCUCUCCACCUGCACCACCUUUAUCUGUUUCUCCUCCAUUCCUCAUGGAAGAAGACCCAGAAAUGACACAUGUAGGCACAGCUAUCGGGGUGUCUGAGGGGGAGACAGGGGAAGAGGGAGGCCUGGUGAUGGGGGAGUCACUGUGUAUGGAGGAUGGGGAAGGUUCAGAGAUGUCUACUCCCAGGCUGUUUCGAGACCCCCUGCAGGAUGACACAGGAAUGUUUGUGGCCGAGCAGGUUGAUUCAUCGGAUGACUGUCUGAAGUCCAUCUCUGCUGUCUUCAAGCAGGAGCUGAAGGACAUCAUCCUGUGCAUCUCUCCCUUCAUCACAUUUAAAGAACCAUUCCUUCUCACGCCUGCUGGAAUGCACUGCCCCAGCAGGGAUUACUUCCCUGAACAGGUCUACCUAUCCCCUCUUCUAAACAAGGACUUCAAGGAACUGGACGGGCGCAGAAAGCGACAGCUUCUUAAAGACUCAGCCCCAUCCUCCCUGGUUGGAGUUCAGACCAAUGGUGGUGCACCACAGAAGCCCACUGAUGUCCUGCCUUGCCACAGUCUUAUCAGUACACGCAUUGUAGAGCAGCUGAACAGCAGCCAGGAUCUAGCUAAGAUGCUGGCUGACUACAGAGCAAAGGGAGGUCGGAUCCGGCAGAGGGAAUCCACUGACCCCUUCAGCAUUGCAGCUCCAGUCAGUGGCCAGAGUAGGAUGGGGGAGGCGCUGGUCAAAGCACCAGUGAAGGCUGACAGUGAAGAGGAGAAGCCAAGUAAACUGAAUGAUGUGAGCUGGGCCCCUAAGCUGGACUGCCUGAACACAGCCAACCAUCAGAGACUGUGUGUACUCUUCAGCAGUUCAUCAGCUCAGUCCAACAAUGCGCCCAACCCCUGUGUCAUCCCGUGGAUUGUCACGAUGGAGUUCUACGGCAAAAACGACCUCUCUCUCGGCGUGUUCUUGGAGAGAUACUGUUUCAGGCUGUCGUACCAAUGCCCCAAUAUGUUCUGUGAAACUCCAAUGGUGCACCAUGUCCGUCGGUUUGUGCAUGGCAGCGGCUGUGUGCAGAUUGUUUUGAAGGAGCUGGACUCCCCUGUGCCAGGAUAUCAGCACACAAUACUCAACUACUCCUGGUGUCGCAUUUGCAAACAGGUGACGCCAGUGGUGCCUCUGUCCAACGACUCGUGGUCAAUGUCUUUUGCCAAAUACCUGGAGCUUCGCUUCUACGGUCACCAGUACACUAGACGGGCUAAUGCAGAGCCCUGUGGGCACUCCAUCCACAAAGACUACCACCAGUACUUCUCAUACAACCAGAUGGUGGCCUCCUUCAGCUAUACUGCAGUACGACUAUUGGAGAUUUGUCUUCCUCGUCCCAAGAUCCUGAUCAGGAACCCGGGGCCUUCCAAAAGCAACUUGCAGCAGGACCUGAAGGACUUCUCUCAAAAAGUGACUCAGGUGUACUUGGCAAUUGAUGACCGCCUCACCUCCCUUAAGACCGACACCUUCAGUAAGACGCGAGAGGAAAAAAUGGAAGACCUCUUCGCUCAGAAAGAUAUGGAAGAGGCCGAGCUGCGAAACUGGAUCGAAAAGCUUCAAGCUCGACUGCAGGCCUGUGGUGUAGAUUCUCCUCAGCAGCUGCAGUCUGUUCUCGAGUCACUGGUGAUGAAGAAACAGAGUCUGUGUGAGAUGUUACAGUCCUGGAAUGGCAGACUGCAGGACUUGUUCCAGCAGGAGAAAGGCAGAAAGCGUCUGUCUGUCCCGCCAAGCCCGGGCAGACACCGACAGACCACCACUGACGACACCAAGAGUGCCGUGGAGUCCUCCCCUCGGAACCCCUCCCCUGUGGUUCAGAACGGUGAGAAAGAGGACCGCCACCUCAGCACAAUGUCUUCAGUGUCGUCCUCCCUGCUGCCAUCCCCAGGAGAACCUGGAGCUGAACCGAUCACACCUGGUCCCUCCUUCACUGAGCAAGACUCGAUCAGCCUCCCAGAAGAUGUCUUUGACGGACACUUGCUGGGUUCCACUGACAGCCAGGUGAAGGAGAAAUCCACCAUGAAAGCAAUCCUCGCCAACUUCCUCCCUGGCAACAGCUACAACCCCAUCCCCUUCCCGUUUGACCCAGACAAGCACUACCUGAUGUAUGAACAUGAGCGGGUGCCCAUUGCAGUGUGUGAGAAAGAACCAAGCUCCAUUAUAGCCUUUGCUCUCAGUUGCAAGGAGUAUAAGACAGCACUGGAUGAUCUGUCCAAGGCGUUCAGUGGAGCCGGGGAUGAGACUCAGCAGGUUGUCAGUAGUGGGGAGUGUCGGGCUAAGAGCAGCCCUGCCCGGCCAAGCGAGUCAGCCUCAUCCCAGCAGAGCCGCAACAGCGUGGAGGCCGAUCCCCUCAAGGACGCAGACCUGGCAGACAAACAGAAGAAACAAACCGUGAAUCCACACAUUGAGCUGCAGUUCUCUGACGCCAGCGCCAGGUUUUACUGUCGGAUCUAUUACGCUGAGGAGUUUCACAAGCUGCGUGAGGAGAUCAUGGAGAGCUCCGAGGAGGAUUUCGUCCGCUCGCUGUCCCGCUGUGUCAAUUGGCAGGCUCGUGGUGGGAAGUCCGGAGCUGUGUUCUACGCCACAGAAGACGACCGGCUCAUCCUGAAGCAGAUGCCCCGGCUGGAGGUCCAGUCUUUUCUGGACUUUGCGCCUCACUACUUCACCUACAUCACCGGAGCUGUGCAGCAGAAAAGGCCGACAGCGCUGGCAAAGAUCCUGGGUGUUUACCGGAUUGGAUACAAGAACUCCCAGAACAACACGGAGAAGAAACUGGACCUGCUCGUAAUGGAAAAUCUCUUCUAUGGACGCAAGAUGGCUCAGGUCUUUGACCUCAAAGGUUCACUGAGGAACCGCAACGUGAAGACGGACUCGGGGAAGGAGAGCUGCGAGGUGGUGCUACUGGAUGAGAACCUGCUGAAGCUGAUCCACGACAACCCGUUGUACAUCCGCUCCCACUGUAAGGCCAUCCUGCGUGCCGCCAUCCACAGCGACGCCUAUUUCCUCUCCAGCCACCUCAUCAUUGACUACUCCCUACUAGUGGGGCGGGAUGACACCACUGAUCAGCUGGUAGUUGGUAUUAUAGAUUAUAUCCGGACAUUUACCUGGGACAAGAAACUGGAAAUGGUGGUCAAAUCCACUGGAAUACUGGGAGGUCAAGGUAAGAUGCCCACCGUGGUCUCUCCGGAGCUGUACAGAGCUCGUUUCUGCGAGGCCAUGGACAAAUACUUCCUGAUGGUACCUGACCACUGGACCGGCCUGGGCAUCAACUGCUGAGCAGUGGAUGCAAACACAAAACAGAAACAAAGGGGCUCCCUCUUGAACCGUCGACGCACAAGAAUCGGUGUCCUGGACAGAGAAUGAAGCACAGUGGGUGUUGCUGUGUGGACUGAAGCCUGACCAGAACACAGCACAGUAUCAUUCCAGGUUGCAACUGCAGCGUUACUGAGAUUUAAAUCAGGUUUUAUCACUGGGGACACAUUAGUGUUAUUAAAACUGACAGUUGAUCUCCCUCUGGGUCCAGACGUGUUUCACUGAGGGUUUAUUUUAUUGGUGCCAUGAGUUCAAAUGUUCCAGGAGGACCUGCUGAAAACAUUCAGUGCUGUGGUUAUAGUUUGGUAAACAAGCUAACUCAUAUAAUUUAUAGUUUGUUAAUGUACAGAGAUUGUGUAACUAUUAAAAUAUGAACACUGAUUUCUUUAAGCUUUCGUCUGUUGUUACUGAGGCAGAAAUGAUCAAAUGACGUGAUACAAAGAGCCUUUCAAAAUACAUGCGUGAAAUACUUCUAUACGUAACACUUAUCGAUUAAUCAUUUAAAGCAGUGACGGAGCAAAACUACAAAUAUUUG